GUCCGAGACGGGAAACAUGAAGCAAUCAGAGAAGCCAAGGAUCAUUCUGGUGCCAUAUCCAGCACAGGGACAUGUAACUCCCAUGCAAAAGAUGGCCAUAGCGUUACUGAACCUUGGCUUUGAGCCGAUAAUGGUUCUUCCCCAGUACAUCUACAAUCAGAUUGUGAUUCAUAAUGAAGAGAAUCAUCAUCACCACGAUCGCUUCAAGUGGGUUGCUGUAGCUGAUGGAUUGGAAGAGGACACUGCUGGGGAUUUCUUUGGGAUUGAAUCAGCCAUGGAGAACACUAUGCCUUCUCAGUUGAAGAGUUUGAUUCAGGAGCUUCAACAAGGCGGGGGCGGCGUGGUGGUUUGUGCGGUGGUUGACUUGUUGGCUUCUUGGGCUAUACAAGUUGCUGAAAAGUGUGGCAUCUUUGUUGCCGGGUUUUGGCCUGUCAUGUUUGCGACUUACAAAUUGGUUGCAUCCAUACCUCACAUGGUUCGCUGUGGCCUCAUUUCUGAAACAGGUCUUCCACAACAUGAAGGCAAAUUUUGCUUUAUACCACAAUUGCCUAUAUUAGACACUGAAGAUCUUCCAUGGCUAAUUGGAACAGUUGCUGCAAAGAAAGCAAGGUUUAAAUUUUGGACAAGAACUCUAGAGAGAUCUAGAAGUCUCAAAUGGCUUCUUGUGAAUUCCUUCCCCGAUGAAACCAAACUUGAUAAUUCUGCCACGACACUUUUGUCCCUAGGCCAUCUUUUCAAUCAUACACACACCAACAAUCCAAGUUUUUGGGAAGAAGAUAAGAGUUGUUUGGGGUGGCUAGAUACUCAAAACCCUAACUCUGUAGUGUACAUCUCAUUUGGGAGUUGGGUGAGUCCAAUUGGUGAAGCAAAGUUGAGAAGUUUAGCGAUGGCACUUGAAGCAUUAGGAAGGCCUUUCCUUUGGGUUUUGAAGAAAGCUUGGCGUGAAGGGUUACCAAACGCGUUUGAAGAAAGAGUUUCAAGGCAUAUUGGAAGAGUGGUUUCAUGGGCACCACAAAUGAAGGUUCUAAGACACAAGUCUGUGGCAUGUUACCUCACACAUUGUGGGUGGAAUUCGGCGACAGAGGCAAUACAGUUUGAGAAGAAGAUGUUGUGUUAUCCUAUGGCAGGUGAUCAGUUCCUGAACUGUGCUUACAUUGUUCAAGUGUGGAAGGUGGGUAUCAGGCUGAAUGGUCUUGGAGUGAAGGAUUUGGAAGAAGGAUUGAGAAUGUUGAUGGAGGAUGUGGAAAUGGAAAGUAGGCUAAGGAAUCUGCAUGAUAUAGUCAUUGGAAGGGAUGAUGAUUUGAAGGAAGAUCGUAAUGUGCGUGCCUUCAUUCAAGAUUUUUCAAAAUAGAGAUAGUAAGCAUAUACCUUUAAUUUUGUUCAGGCUGUUAAUAUUUGGUAAAUUUUCUUGUUGAAUACUCCUUGUCAUAGAAGACCAUGCCUGGUACUCAAGCAUGAGUGAAUUCAAAGGGAAUGGUAAUUAAGAGGUAAAUGAGAAUGGGUUUUAAAAACACAAACUAAUAGUAUACUAGGAGGUGUUUAAUAUAAAGGUCAUGAAGCCCAAAAAACACCCAUCCAGUUAGAGGCCUAACAAGUCCUCCAGAGUGUUUAAGGGAUUUUUAGCUCAAAAAUGCUUCCAUGGAGGAGGACAUGGAUCAUUGCUUAGAUGAUGACAUGGACACAUGCAAAGCUUCAUGUGACAUAUGAAAGGCCACCCUGAAAGCCACUAUGCAUAUGAGUCAUUGGAAUAUGAACAUGUGGAUCUUGAGAAAGACAAGAGCAUAUUCUAAGAGCCCAAAAAGAGUAUUUGAAGUUAAUUCUCAUGUUAUUAAAGGCCCAAAAGUUGGGGCCUAAAUGCAUUGUGUUAUGGAUCAUGGGAGUUUUAGAACGUGACUCAACAAUCCAAAUGGAUGUCUCAAAGGCUCAUAAAUGCUUAUAAAC